UCUUCAUCUUUUGGUGGUAUAUCCAAAUCCAAUCUUUCUUGCAUGUCAAUAUAUAAAAGCAUGUAACAUAACAUUCCCCCUGUAUCCUCAGCCAAUAUCAUCACAUUGAAAUAGACAAUGGGGGUUCCGUCAUUUUUCCUUUCCUUUCUUGUUCUUGUUCUUGUUCUUCUGGAACUGAGCGUUGCGUGGGAUACUUAUCCGCCUCCUCUAUGCGGGCCCGUUAAAGCCAACGAUUCCGAUAGGAUUGAGUUUGCUCUGAACUUAGAAUUCUUGGAGGCGCAGUUGUUCUUGUGUGCAGCUACCGGGAAAGGCCUCGACUCCAUAAAUAAAUCUCUGGCCAAAGGUGGCCCUCCUUCUAUUGGAUGUGAGAAGGCCAAUCUGGACGAUCUUGUUUAUAGGAUCACUGAGGAGUUUGCCUAUCAAGAAGUUGGCCAUAUCAGGGCCAUUGUUGAUGAAGUGGGAGGAUUUCCUAGGCCUUUGAUAAAUAUCAGCCGUGAGACUUUCGCAGAAAUAUUUGACCGAGCAGUUGGUUACCCUCUGAAACCUCCAUUUGACCCAUACAAGAACUCACUCAACUUUCUCCUAACAAUUUACUUAAUACCUUAUGUGGGGCUAGUAGGCUAUGUUGGCGCCAUUCCAAAUCUCGAGUCUAAAUCUUCUCGGAGAUUAGUGGCUAAACUCUUGGGCGUGGAGUCUGGCCAGGAUGCAGUUAUACGCGCAUUGCUGUACGAGAGAGGCAAAGAGGAAGUGUAUCCAUAUAAGAUAACAGUUGAACAAUUUACCAUUGCUAUUUCAUCUCUUUUUGACGAGCUCGCCACGUGUGGCAUAAAAGACGAAGGCCUAAGAGUACCACUGGAGCUCGGGGCGGAGAACCGGACCACCAGUAACAUCCUGUCGGCCGACGUUUACUCCCUCUCCUAUGCGCGAACCGAGACGGAGAUCUUGAGGACAAUAUACGGAACCGGCGACGAAUCGAAGCCCGGCGGAUUCUUCCCUCGUGGUGCCAAUGGGAACAUAGCCAGGAGUUUGCUUGACCAAGGUUAUUAGGAGCCCUUGCUCACAAUUGUUGGCUCUCGGCAUGAAUAAGGAACGGCUGUGAAAACUUAGAAUAAGUGAAGUAAUAAUAGUGCUAUUAGUUAAGUGUGUUCUGAUAAGAAUAAUAUUAUCCGUGAUAGUAAUGCGGUUUGGACUUAGUAAAUUGCCAUUAGUCAUCAGGGAAUCUUGUUUUUAUUUCGUAAGUUGAUUCUUAAUUCUUACAUCUACAACUAUUAAGGUGUGUUUGGUUGGAGGUAAUAGAAUAGAAAAGCAAGACAAUUCCUCUGU